AUGACCGGCACUCAGUUAGCAUGGGUGUAUAAGUUUUCCACGAGAUCUGACAAACGAUCUAUAUCAAGUCAGCCUCCAAAAUCAGUCCAACCCUGCCAGGUAAAAUGGUCAAAUGCGCUUCGAAUUGAUCCAACGGACACUAAGGGAAAAUGCUUGCAUUUUACUGCAUCAACAGCAGGGACAUUGUUUGUUGUGUUCGCAACUUUACCUAAAGAACCAGAUUCGCGUUAUUUAGUACAAAUAUCUCCUAACAUGAUUUCUACUUAUAAGGUAAGACUUCGCGAUAGCACUUCAAUUUUUGAUUUUUAAGAAGAAUCAAUUGUUAUUCCCUUUAGUGUUAAAAUUAUAGGAUAUUCAUUCAAGAUAACACUGAAACUAAUUUAGAUGCUGAGCUGCUCAACACUCUCCACUCCUUUGCAAAAACUUGGGGCCCUGUUUGCAGUAGAGUGUAAUUGUUUAUCUCUCAUAUUGAGACCACAGGUACUACUUCACUACAGUGUGUUCACGUCGUGAAUAACCACAACCUUUUUGUGACGAUGAUUAUACAAUCAAUGCAUUUGAGUUUGGGUUAAUCUUUCCUAAAAUUCAAUUAAUUUGAAUCUGAGCUGUUUCCAACUUCAAAUUUACCUUUUUAUUCAAGUGUUUUAUUAUCGAUCAUUACCUCUCUUAGGGUACUUCUCUAAAGACAUCAACAUCAAACCUAAACGCUCGGGCACUUGGAGAUGCUUCCCUUUAUCAGUCGUACUUUGUUUGUAUCACGGAAUCGGAAAAGAGCACCCUUAUUGAGUAUGGAAAGAGUCUGGGUACAUCUGAGAGUGGAGAUAUUUAUCUGAACCUGAUUGACAGCGGCGGACAGCUCAAUGUACGAUUCUACGCGUUUGGAAAUGAUAAAAAUCCCGCCAAAGUAAUGGAUACCCACAUCGUGUCUCGCCCUUUGACGAAAGCAGAAUGUAAAGGAGACACAGUCAAAGAUUUGGAGACAAACCUUUACGUUCAGAAGUGUCAUAAGGAUUGCGAUCCCUUGGCUGGUGAGACCUGCAAUCGAAAAAGCAUCAAGUUUUAGAUUUACUUUAAGUUGUUCUUAUCUUUGUCUACUUUCCUUCUGUUAUUUCUUGUUUUAAUAUUGCAAUUAAUGAAUUCAUUUGUCGAUAUACUUUUAACAACUUGUUCGCAUUUGGGUCACAACCACUCUUUGAUACUGGAUAGCAUCAAAAUUUCUCUCAACUUUGCAGAAGAAUUCUCACAAACAAACUAUGCGUUUGUGCCAGUGAAUAUUUUAAGGCCCAGCUAUAGAGCUAAGUUGAGAUAAACAAAAACGUUGAGGUAACAAGAGAAAGAAGACAAAAAAUGUGGUUGUAGCGCAUCUCAGCAGCACCAAUGGAGAAUAGGAAAGCAAACUUUGACCGAUAAUCCUAGAAUGAAACCUUGCCAACUUUGCUAGAUUGCGCCCACACUGCGAUGAGGCCACGUUAUGUACAAAUAACGUUCAAGUGCCCACCCACACUUACCCUUAGCCCAUUUUAGAUCUUUCCAAGAACAGUUUACAUGUUUUAUCACUUGGAUAUCCGAUCAAAAUACAAACUUAUGUCGUUUUUAUAGGUUGCAAGUCCCCUUACAGCGCUCAAUUUCCUGAAGGAUGUAACGCUUGCAGAGCUGCUCUUGACAUAGAGCAGCAUAAAUGCAUACCUGCAUGUCCAAAACACAAUACACUGACGAAAGACAAGAAAUGCGUCCGUAAGUGUCAUGUUACUUUUUUCUUUUUAAGUUUAUAAUAACCGCAUAAAAUUUAAUAUCCUCUGUUAAUUCAGGGAUCUUCAGGUGAGUGUCUAUUUCUAACUGGGUAUUCAGGAUGCUCAGAUACGAAGAUCGCUUCCAUAUCCGUUUCUUUGUCUGCAGUUCACAAAUAUGAUUUUCAUAUAUUUACAGUCAUUUAUUCAUCACUUCGCUGGUUUAUUUGGAACCGCUUUUAUUUUGACCAGCUCCUAAUUGGUUGUUGGCUCAGUUGGUAAAGCUCUGCACCGGUAUUGCGGAGGUCAUGGGUUCAAGUCCCGUACACUGCCUGAGUAGUGUUCAUUACUGCGAAGAUCGAUUUCAUAUUUAUAAAAUCCUUGUCAGGAGGCUAUCUCCGGAAACACGAGGGGGAGAUUUUUUCCAUUUGUUUACUGAAAAUGCAAUAAUGGACUCAAAGAUGAAAUAAUGCUGAAUUUGAGAUCCCAAAGUUGGAGGAAACAAGACCUCGCUGCAUUUUUUCAUCUGCCCGCUUAUAUGAACAUGUAUUUCAGUGAAUCCGUAUUCAUCUCUCACCGUACACAAACAUCUUUCACUAGUGUUAUACUCCUAAGUUCCAGUUAGGAAGUAUCUGGGAAAUAUACUAACAAUUUUCUUUUCACGAAAUUUGCAGAUCGAUGCCAAACACAAGGUUGAGUUCGAGAACAUGCCAGUCCUAACAGAACUCACUAUGUGCGAUUGGAUUAAGCUGGAAGAAAACUGGAGCGGUCAAAUAAGUUACUUCCACUUCAUGUAUUCGAGAAGGAGCCAGAUCACUUCAUUUCUGGGUCAGAAAGAUGGAGUGAUUGUUUUGACCAUGCAAAUCCUGCCGGAUACCAGUAAAUCACAGGAAAGUCAACGGUAUCAGAGAACGAAAUAGGCCUUGAUGUUUUUUUUUGUCCACGAGCUAGGGACAUCAAUAAAUCUGAGUGCUCUUGGAGGUAUCGAGCUCCAAACCUAAUUUUGUUACGAGCAGGAUCAUGGUAAAGGAAUUUGGCAGAUAGCCCUGCCAAAAUCGGCUUCCUAAGAAAAUUUCUGAAUCACCGAUUGUAUAUGUCUUCGGAAUUUUGCUUUAGAUUUUUGCUUGGGAAUUUAAGUCGUUAGUUUGCAACCCAAUGCAAUAACUCUGAAUUAAUAUAACUUGUUACCAUUCAUUCUACACCGCAGUGUAUCAUAAGCGCUGUUCCAACUUUUUGCCUUUAUCUAUAUACUAUUCUUAAUUUUUUUUGGCAGGCUAACGCUGCAACAGUUGGGAGACGUGCGGUGGCAUCCGUUUUGUGUGACUUGGUCCGGUUUUACAGAAGUGAUUCAGUACUAUUAA